UUCUCUGGGCCACUUCCUGUGAAGGUAGGUCACCAAGUUCUGUCUCGCAGUCUUUAUCCUCAGUUGCUAGUUUCCGUCUUUGUUCUAAAUCCCUCAGUAAAAUCAUCCUGAUUGAUCAUAAUGAGUUUGGGGAGUUUAGACAUGUCUGGAGUCAAACUGGGACCAGCCUUCUCCCUCUUGCUACUCUCUUCUAUUACACAAGGUGUCCAGGUUGUUGAUGUGUUCCAUUAUAAAGUGAAGGAAGCAGUGGUGGGCCAGAACGUCACGCUACUCUGCAUCAUAAGAAACAGGACCGGUCUUGAUAUUGUCCAAUACGAAUGGAAUAAAAACAAUACAAUGUUGGCUUUGUAUUCAAAAAAUCAUGGCUUGUUAGUACGCAGACCUAAUAUUUCCCUCCAGAGUAAAAAUGGAUCAAAUAUUGCCACCGGCUCAUACCUGCAGAUUUUUGGGGUGCAGAAACACGACAGUGGCAUCUACAUUUGCGACAUCACAACUUUUCCAUGGGGUGCCAUCAGGAGAGAAACACGGCUCAUUAUAAAAGAUGCUGAUAAACUUGUAUGUGACGCAAAUAAAACUGUUGAGGUGCAAACCGGACAAAAUGUGACCAUUCGCUGCAAUUCGUCUUCACAUGCACAGUACAGGUGGAUCAAGGACAAGAAGCUGGUGUCGGACACAGAAUUUCUCGAGCUGACAUGGGUGACUGACGCUCAGGCGGGGAACUACAGCCUGACUGUCAACACAGGAAGCCAAACUCUGCAGACAGAGUUCGUCAUCACUGUGCUGACUGCAACCACAAACUUGCAGACAGGUCUUUUGACAGUGUCUCGCCAUUCUAAUAUAGCCAAAGAAGGUCUGAUCGAGUCAACCAAGAGCAGCCUGACCACGUCAUCCACCAGUGGGAUUCCCACUCACAGCAGUGUAACUCGGACCACAGAUUUGGGUACCAAUGGAACAAGCAAUAAUCCCAACAAUGUUACAAUGACAGAUGGAGAUCAUGCCAAGGCUGCAUCUUUUACACAUCAUACAUACACCGGUGUCACAACAUCAUCUGCUGCUUACCCAACCACCGAUGACUCAAACACAAGUUCUGGCCUCUCACUACACAGUGAUCUGUCCACUGAUUUAGGUUAUGGUAGCUCAGUGUUCAGGUCCACACCGGAAGUUGCCAGUAAGGAGAUGAUGAAUGAGUCCAUACUGUAUACGGCUACAUCUCCGACCAUCAAGACCUCACCACCAGUUGUUCUUGACAAAGAUGCUGAUCAUGCACGACGUCAUCUGAUGUUGGGUUUUCUCCUACUUUUUGUUGUGUUAUUCAUCACUGUGGCUGGAGUUCUGUAUCGACGAAAAGUUAUGAAAGCAAGGAUGGACCGACCUCCUCCAUUCAAACCUCCUCCUCCUCCAGUCAAGUACUCAGCUGUAAGGUCUUAUGUGGCUUAAGCAGUGGACCCGCCUUUAAGGUGUUAGCUACUCUGCUACCAAUCUCAGGGUUUAAAAAAAAGUCUUUAAAGUGUAAUGUAAAACACAUGAUCUAAAAUCAUGUCUGGACUGGCCUGCAUACUGUCAUUUUCUGUAUAAUUUUAUAAAAAUGUACAUUUUCAGCUAUGGUCAGUUUCACAAUUGUAUGUGUAUCUCAUGGAAUUUCUAUCCUUUUGUGAAAACAGCAGUUUUGAUUUAUCACAAUAUUUUUGUGACACUUAUUUUGCAAUUACAAUUAACAUUACAUUGUUUAUGUGAGAUUUUUAAAAAGUUACAUUUUCAGUUGUGGGCAGUUUCACCAUUUCACCACCAUUUUAUGGAGUGCUUUUGGGUGUAUAACUGUUUUGCUUUAUAACAAAUUUAUUUUGUGACAUUUAUAAUUCACAAAGUAAUUACAUGAUAUCCUAUAAAUAUGAAGUUGUUUAUAUGAUACAUUUUGGGGGGAAAUUGCAUGUUCACCUUUGGUAGAUUUUGUAAUUAUGUAUAUACUGCAUGGAAUGUCUAUGGUUUUGUGUAUACAAUGGUUUUGAUUCAUAAACUUUUUUUUAUUUUUGGCUUUGUGGUGUUUAUGUUGUAAUUUAAUUCAGUAAUUACAUAGGCAUACUGUAAGCAUUAAACUGUGCUUACAUGUGCAUAUUUUAAAAAUAAAAAAAUACAUUUGUUGCUCUGUGCUGUCUAUAGAACAAUUUUCCAAUUGUGAUAUGAGUCUGAUUCUGUGGACUCGUUUAAAUCCAGAUUGAAGACGUCUUACAACUGACUCUGAUUUUGUGGUUUUGAUUUGUUCUUUUACCUGUGUUUUGAUUGUUUGAAUAGCAUUUUCUCAAAUUUUAUUCUAUCAAUUUUUUUACUUCACUGCUGUUAGUUGUAAUCAUAUCUCUUGUAUUUUGUGUUGUUUUCUAUUGAUGCAUUAUAUUGCCGUGGUUGCCAGAAUGGAUGGUCGGCAAACUGAGUUGGGUCGCUCUUUUAGACAUUGCUUUUGUGAAGGGCCUUGAGAUGACCUGUGUUGUGAUUUGGUGCAAUACAAAUGAACCAAAAUUGCAGUUGAAAUUCACGCAAUAGUAAGUCCCUUUGGCUGCUCCAUUGUUUUGCGCUCAGGGUCAUCACAGCAAAUCCGAGGUGGAUCUGCAUGUUGAAUUGGCACAGAUUUUACGACGGAUGCCCUUCCUGACGCAACUCCAUAUUACAUGUAGAAAUGUGGCAGUACACCCUGGACAAGACGCCAGGGUGUACCCUGCCUCGUGCAAACACACCAACCCGCAAUAAACACAUUCGCACUCGCAUGUACACCUACGGACAAUUUUUAAAGUUUCCAAUCCACCGAGAGAACCCACGCAAACAUGGGGAGAACACGCAAACUCCACACAGAAAGGCCACGGGUGGGAAUCGAAUCUAUGACCUUCUCACUGUGAGGCAACAGUGCUAACCACUAAUCCACCGUGCUGCCCUUUAUGCAAUAAUUAUAUAUAUGUAUUGUAUAUAUAUAUAUGUAGUGUUUUUGCUUUGUGAUGUUUAUGUUGUAAGUUACACAAUAAUUACAUGGUUACACUUUAAGCAUUAAACUGAACACGUGUGUAUAUAUAUAUAUAUAUAUAUAUA